GCAAAUAAACUGGAGAAUUCUGGGGGGAAACGCCUAGAAUUUUCGAAUCUCAUAGGGACUUUUGAAAAUUCUAGGCGUUUUAUCCCUAGAUAGAGUUUUGAAAAAAUUAGGCGUUUGGCCUCCACCCCAAAGAAAAUGACUUUAAUUCCGGCGAUGUGUCCGAUGACCUUGCCCUUGGUUGGUGGUGAUUUGUUGGGAGGAGAGAAUGUUAGAUUGAGUUAGAGGCUAGGGAAGAAAAACAUGGAAUACACUCGAGAGUAUGUUUGUCCAUUCAUGUUUAAAUGUGAGCGUUACCUGGUAAAAUAAGGGCGUCGUUUAGCUUGUCAUUUUUUUAACAAAAUGUACAAAGUAGUAUUUUUUUUUUUGAAACCAAUGUACAAAGUACUCCUAAUUUUUUUUGGAAACAUUGACAAGAAUAAUCCCAAUUUUGCCUCAUUCGCGUAAAAUAAUUCCAACUUUGGAUUAUUUUUUAAUAAUCCGAACCUUUACAUGAAUUUGUUUUCAAUGGUCCCAACCGGCAAUCUAACCUAUUAUAACAAAUUAUUUGACACGUAUCAGCAUAUGAUUUGGUAAAAAAAUUAAAAAUAAAAAUUUAAAUAUUAAAAAAUUAAAACAAAUUUAAGAUUUGUUUUCAGAAAAAUAAAAAAUAAUUAUUUAAUUAAAUUAAAACCACCAUACCAGCGCCCUGCCCAGCCCAGAUCGCCGCCCAACCCAGGUCUCCGUCCAGCCAGGCCGCCGUCCAGACCUCAUUCCCGCGCCGACGACACCACCUCUUUUCCCUUCCCCCAUCCCGACAGCCCCACCGAUCCCUUCCUCGAAUCCACUUCGCCAAUUCUCCAUCAACCAAAGAACCCACCCACAACCCUCAGUCUUCUUGCGAAACGCGACCCUUGUCGGAAUCUUACUCAAACCCCCCAUCCCUUUCCGAUUUCGUGGUUGCAGAAGGGGGUUGUGAGUGGGAGUUAAUUAUUUGCAACAAGGGUUUGCGGGGAAAGCGAGAGGUUAGGGUUGCAUUAAAGAGUCGCUGCGGUGAUGGGGGACGCCCGGGAGGAGUUUAGGCGGCACAGGGGCGGGCGAUGAUCUGGGCUAGGCAGGCUAGGUUAGGGCGGGCGCGCGGUGGAGGUCGAGGGUAGGGAAGGUGGCUGGUGGUGGGUUUCUUAAAAUAAUUAGUUUUUAAUUAUUUUUCAAAUUGUUAGUUUUAAAAUAAUUAGUUAAUUAUUAAUUAGUGGGAUGAUUCUUGUCAACUUUUCCUUUUUUUUUUUUUUUUUUUCUAAGUAGCAGUAUAUAAUUUCUUCUUGGUAACCCUAAUUUCUAAUUUUCAUUAAAAAAAAUUACUUUGACAAUUAUACCCUUUUCUAAUUUUCGUAUUUUCAUCCGUUCUUCCUUCUUACCCCUUAACCUCAAACUACUACAGCAAACGCUGCUCUCCUCACUCACCCCAGGAAGUUGCUCACUGCCGUCCCGCCUCUGCUCAGCCGCGCACCGCAGUCCUGCACCCUCCGCCCUCCGUCAGUUCGUCCGAUCGUCUAGUCGUCCACCUUUCAAAUUCAGGUGUGCUUAUGGGGAAUCCAAAGACCAAGAAAAAUUCCCAAGGUAAACCAGAGGAUGUAGGAAGCAUCCAAUCAGAUGUUGCAUCAUUUGCGUCUUCUCUCGGUCUUGCAUCUUCUCUGCCCUCGUCUGGCUUCAAUGAUUCUGAUUUCAGACCCAAGAAAAAGAAACCCGAAGAAACAAAGAGUUCGUCUAAAACUAAAAGCCCCAUGUCCCAAAAGCCACAAAACAAGAAUCCCAAUACACAAAAACCCCAAAAUCAAAAGCACCAAAACAAGAAUCUCAAUGCCCAAAAACCUAAUUUCAAUAAUGACCCGAAAAGUAGAAAAUUUAACAAGAAUGACAAUGUUUCCGCUAAUAAUAAUAAUAUUAGUAAUAAUUAUCAGAAAUCUUUUGACAAGUUUAAGAAUCUCCCAAAACUUCCGUUGGUGAAAGCAAGUGCAUUGGAGACAUGGCAUGUGGACCAAGGGGAACUGGAGGAGAAGGUGAUGGGUGGAGCAGAGAAAAAGAGGGUGGAAAUGGGAAAUGCUGAGGAGUGGAAGAGUCUGGUGGCAAAUAAGAAGGAACUUGGAGAGAGGUUAUUGGCACAAUAUACUUUGGAUUAUGAGGCUUCUAGGGGUCAAAAUGGAGAUAUAAAAAUGCUUAUUGCCACACAAAGGUCUGGAACUGCUACUGAUAAGGUUUCGGCUUAUUCGGUUUUAAUUGGUGAUAACCCGAUUGCCAAUAUGCGAGCACUUGAUGCACUUCUAGCAAUGGUGACAUCGAAAGUUGGGAAGCGUCAUGCACUUUCAGGCUUUGAAGCUCUUAAAGAGCUGUUUAUACAAAGUCUGUUGCCUGAUCGUAAGUUGAAGACCCUUAUACAGAGGCCCCUCAGCCAUAUUCCUGAAACAAAAGAUGGUUAUUCUCUUCUGCUGUUCUGGUAUUGGGAGGAAUGCUUGAAGUCAAGGUAUGAACGUUUUGUUGUUGCUCUUGAGGAGGCAUCAAAAGACAUGUUGCGUGUACUUAAAGACAAGGCAUUGAAGAUAAUGUAUGCCCUGUUGCGGAGUAAAUCAGAGCAAGAACGGAGGUUGCUAACUGCAUUAGUCAACAAACUAGGGGAUCCUGACAGCAAGGCUGCAUCAAAUGCUGAUUAUUACUUGACUAACCUCUUGUCUGAUCAUCCAAACAUGAAGGCUGUGGUGAUUGAUGAAGUGGACUCAUUUUUAUUCCGCCCACACUUGGGGUUGCGUACCAAGUAUCGUGCGGUUACUUUUCUGAGUAAAACCCGCCUAAGUCACAAGGGGGAUGGGCCUAAGGUAGCAAAACGUUUGGUAGAUGUGUACUUUGCACUAUUUAAGAUACUGAUCUCCGGGGCAGCAAAUGGUCAAAAGAAUGAUGCAAGUAAAGAGACAAAAAAAUCAACUAAUGAGGACAAUGAAGUGCAUUCUUCAGAUUCUCAUGUGGAAUUGGAUUCACGGCUUUUAUCUGUUCUUUUGACAGGAGUAAAUAGGGCAUUUCCAUUUGUUUCUGGGGAUGAAGUAGAUGAAAUUGUUGAUGUCCAGACUCCAAUGCUUUUCCGUCUCGUUCAUUCACAAAACUUCAAUGUCAGUAUCCAAGCAUUAAUGCUUCUGGAUAAACUUUCUUCCAAGAAUCAAGUUGUCAGUGAUCGUUUUUAUCGUGCUCUGUAUGCAAAAUUGUUACUUCCUGCAGCUCUUAAUACCUCCAAGGCAGAAAUGUUUAUUGGACUACUACUAAGAGCUAUGAAGAGUGAUGUAAAUUUAAAGCGUGUAGCUGCAUUUUCAAAGCGUCUAUUACAGGUUUCACUUCAACAGCCACCUCAGUACGCUUGCGGAUGCCUGUUUCUUCUCUCAGAAGUCCUCAAAUCAAGGCCACCUAUCUGGAAUAUGGCAAUUCAAAACGAGGCAGUAGAUGAAGACCUUGAACAUUUUGAAGAUGCUCCUGAUGAUACCGAAAAUAUACCUGGUACUGAAGCUAAUUUGCCUAGCAGUAAUGGUGGUGAUGAACAGGGAAAGUCUGCCGAAAAUGACAUUGAAAUGGACUCAGACCAUGAUUCCUCCGAAGACGAGGAAGUUUCUUUAGCAUAUUCUUCCGAAGAUGUGUCAAAUGAAGAUGAAGAUUUACUCAUGAAAAAGAAUGUUGAGAAACCCCAGGAAUCUAGCUCUAGCAAGUUGUCUGAGAACAAUGGAAACCAGCUUGAGUUCUUGACCAAGCAAUUACUUCCUGGUGGAUACGAUCCUCGACAUCGGGAGCCCUCUUUUUGCAAUGCCGGCCAUACUAGCUGGUGGGAGCUGACUGUACUGUCUUCUCACACUCACCCAUCAGUUUCAACCAUGGCGAGGACUCUUCUAUCUGGAGCAACCAUCGUCUACAAUGGAAACCCAUUGAAUGAUCUUGCUUUGACUGCUUUUCUGGACAAGUUCAUGGAAAAGAAGCCUAAGCAAAGCACAUGGCAUGGUGGUUCUCAGAUUGAACCUGCUAAGAAGCUCGACAUGAACAAGCAUGUAAUUGGGCCUGAAAUCCUUGCAUUGGCUGAAGCCGACGUACCCCCAGAGGACGUAGUAUUUCACAAGUUCUAUGCAAACAAGAUGACUGCUUCAACAAAACCGAAGAAGAAAAAGCAGAAGAAGGGGGCUGAAGAAGAGCAAGCAGCAGAUUUAUACGGUGGUGACGAUAGUGACAAUGACGAGAUUGACAACUUACUGGAUUCCAAUGAUCCUCCCUUGGAAGAAGAUGGAGAUUAUGAUUAUGAUGAUUUAGACAGGAUUGCCAAUGAAGAAGAUGAUGAUUUAAUUGGUGAUGUUAGUGAAAAUGAGAUGGACAUGGACGAUGGUGAAGCUGAUGCCCAUAGUUUGGACUCAGGUGAUAGUGAUGGUGUUAAUGAAAUAAGUGAUUUAGACGAUUUGAGUGAUGAUGAUAUCAAGAUUGGUGACAUGGACGAUGUUAGUGAUGAUGAAGUUGGUCACGAUGCACCUUUGUCGAAGAAGGGUAGGAAGAAGUCUUCAGCCUCUCCCUUUGCUAGCCUUGAAGAGUAUGAGCAUUUGCUGGAUGGUGAUGAUUCAGGGGAGGAAAAAUCAGACGAGGAAGAUAAGGUCGAGAAGUCACCAAAGAAAAGAAAACAUGCUCAGAGUGACGAUAACAAGAAAGGUAGAAAAACAGAGAACAAGAGACACAAGAAAAAGAAGAGCAAAACCCAUAAAUAAGGUGCCAAUUUUGAUCUAUUUAAAGCAAUCUUGUAACUUUAUCAUAUUAGAUUUUUGAAUUAUUUGCCAUGGGUAUGAAAAAUCAAAUUUCAAUUGAAAACCACCAUCACAGCGGUAAAAUUUUGUAACUUAAAGAGGUGAAAUUACUGAAAUUUCUGUAGGCUCAAAGUUCAUCAAUUGUAUUAAAAAAAAAUUAAAAAAAAAAAAAAAAGUUCAUCAGUUGUUAAAGUAAUUUUGUUCAAAUAUCAAGUUAAUUUUAAGUUUUCA